AUGGCAUCUAGUCGCCAGUACGAUAUUGUUCUCCUUGGAGCAACGGGCUUCACGGCCGGUUUCGUGGCGGAGUACAUUGCUAUGAACUUGCCCAUUGAUCUCCGCUGGGCUGUCGCAGGUAGAGACACGAAGAAGCUCGAGAGUCUCCGAGGAAAACUCUUCGACCUCAACCCGGGUCGUUCAAAACCAGGCAUCGAACAGACCAACGUCAAGAUCGACGACGUAUCUACACUUGCAUCGCGUACCAAAGUACUCAUCAACGCCAUCGGGCCAUAUACGUGUUAUGGCGAGGCAGUUCUCUCAGCGUGUGCGAUGAGCGGGACAAGCUAUGUGGACUUUUGCACCGAGACGCCCUGGUUGGAGGAAAUGAUAUCAAAGUACUCGGACAUUGCCAAACAAACUUCGGCACGCAUCAUCCCAGCGAUAGGCAAUUCCAGCUCGCCGUCCUCCAUCGUCGCAUAUCUCCUCUCCGUGCAGUAUCGCAAAAUGCACGACAGACCGGUGGAGGAUAUCAGGUGCUCAUACGAGUUGAAAAUUAAUGGAAUAAGUGCAGGGUCCCUGUCUAGUAUUCUUGAGGUCGUAACGCACUACGGCAUCAGCCCGUUGCUAUUCCCAGACCCGUAUCGGUUAUGUUCAACAAGCAAAAAACCCCGCAGCCCAACGACCAGAAAGCCAUUUCUUGGCCACUGCAAAGACGAGCGUCUCGGUCAUCUGGCGACGUCCUUUGGCGCGCCGGGAAACGAGGCGGUGGUCUACAGGAGUCAACAUCUCCAACCGUCGGUGUAUGGAGACCGUGUGUCGUACCACGAGUUCAUGCCUGCGUCGAGCGCAUUCCAAGCCAUCAUGAUCCAUGUGUUUACCAGGUUCAUGAUCAUCCUGCUCUGCUUCGGGCCCGUCCGUGCCCUGAUCGGAUAUCUGAAACCUGCUCCCGGCACCGGUCCUUCGAAGGAAGUCUCCCAGGGCGAGAAGAUUGAAGUCAUAGCAGUGACGAAGAACGAAAGAGAUCUGCUUGCCAAAUACUCUUUCCACGGGCCAAUGUAUUUUCACUCCGCUCUACUCGCAGCAGAGGCAGCAAUGGCCCUUCUUGACUUGUGGGGUGCUGACGAGCAGGACCGAGCAGGUGAAGACGGUGAGAGGCAGUAUGGUAUCCUCACUCCGAGUUGUCUGGGUAUGCCAUUCGUGUCGAAACUCAAGAAAGCCGGCGUCAAGAUUGAAGUUUACACAUCAUGA